ACAAAAACAAUACGGAGUAUUCCAUAGUAGAAACUUGAAAGACUAGAAACGAUGCAUCACCUGUCAACCACCUACUCUUUAUUCAUCGACCUUUCAUACCAACUUUCUAUUUUCUUAAUAUAAAAAAGACAAUUAUACUCCGUAUCAUCGUUUCUAUUUUCACUUUAAGCUGCACUUCUCUCUCCUCCAUUGAAACAUACUCUGAGAUCCCCCCAUUGAAGCAUCUUCUUAGCUAAAAAAUGGCCUCUGGUGGUUGGGUUAUGGAGAAACGAUCCACGAUUAAAAAUGAUUCUUUUACGGACAAAGAGGACUCUGAAAGUUCACUGGCAAGUGGGUCGCUUUCUAUCAUCGUCCUUGGUGCUUCCGGGGAUCUUGCCAAGAAGAAGACUUUUCCUGCUCUAUUCAACCUCUACCGCCAGGGAUUUCUUCCUCCAAGUGAGGUCCAUAUAUUUGGUUAUGCAAGGUCAAAGAUGACAGAUGAUGAAUUGAAGGAUCGUAUUCGUGGGUAUUUGUCCCCUUCCAAGAAUGCAACACCAGAGGUGUCUAAAGAUGUUUCCAACUUUUUGGAUUUGGUCAAAUAUGUCAGUGGAUCUUACGAUUCUGACGAGGGCUUUCAAUUGUUGGAUAAAGAAAUAUAUAAGUAUGAGUACGAGAUGAAUCGUCUAGAAGGAAUGUCUAGAAGAUUAUUUUAUCUUGCACUACCUCCUUCAGUAUAUCCAUCCGUCUGCAGAAUGAUAAAGCUCAACUGCAUGAAUAAAUCUGACAAUGGUGGAUGGACACGAAUUAUUGUUGAAAAGCCUUUUGGGAAAGACCUAGAAUCAGCAGAACAACUUAGCUCACAGAUUGGAGAGUUGUUUAAUGAGUCACAAAUUUAUCGUAUUGAUCAUUACUUGGGGAAAGAGUUGGUGCAGAACAUGCUGGUAAUGCGAUUCGCCAAUCGCUUUUUCCUACCCCUUUGGAACCGCGAUAAUAUUGAUAAUGUACAGAUUGUCUUCAGAGAGGAUUUCGGAACAGAGGGUCGUGGUGGAUACUUUGAUCAGUAUGGAAUAAUUCGUGACAUUAUUCAAAACCACCUCUUGCAGGUUCUUUGUCUAGUUGCCAUGGAAAAGCCAGUCUCACUCACACCAGAGUACAUUCGUGACGAAAAAGUGAAGGUUCUCCAAGCAGUUAAUCUGAUUAAGGAUGAAGAAGUUGUUCUUGGGCAGUAUGAAGGCUACAAAGAUGACCCAAUGGUUCCACAAACCUCAAAUACACCUACAUUUGCGACUGUGAUUUUGCGGAUACACAAUGAAAGAUGGGAAGGUGUUCCAUUUAUACUAAAAGCAGGGAAAGCAUUGAAUUCAAGAAAAGCUGAAAUCCGUGUUCAGUUCAAGGAUGUUCCCGGUGAUAUAUUUAAAUGUGAAAAGCAAGGAAGAAAUGAAUUUGUGAUGAGACUACAACCUUCCGAAGCAAUUUAUAUGAAACUUACGGUGAAACAGCCAGGGCUGGAAAUGUCGACUGUACAAAGUGAACUGGAUUUAUCAUAUAAGCAGCGAUAUCAGGGAGUUGUUAUUCCCGAGGCAUAUGAGCGUUUAAUUCUUGACACAAUUAGAGGCGAUCAACAGCAUUUCGUCCGCAGAGAUGAGUUGAAGGCUGCAUGGGAGAUCUUUACACCGCUUCUACAUAGAAUUGACCGUGGAAGUUUGAAGUCUCUUCCGUAUAAGGCUGGAACUCGAGGCCCGGCUGAGGCAGAUGCCCUACUUGAAAAGGCUGGUUAUACUCAAACUCAUGGAUAUAUAUGGGUUCCACCCUCAUUAUAGGAAUGUGGUACAUCUACACUACAACACAUAACAUAAUCAUUUUUGGGAUUUGUCAUCAAGUAGCUUGCAAGAUAUGUUGGUGGGUUCAUGCUCACUGGUUCGUUGUGGUGUACGCAAUCACUUUCAAUAAAAUCAAAUUUGGUUUCAUUUUGCUACAAGUUGAUAUGAACAUUACUUUAAGACAAAACCCAAAGAAAUAUCCUUUUCAUUGUUGAUAGAGGUUUUUUUUUUUUUUUUUUUUUUUUUUUUUUUUUUUUUUUUUUUUUAUGUAAUAAGAUCAACAAACAUGUUAAUGUUAGUGUGAGGAUAAAUGUAUAACGGAAUAUAGACAAGUGAAUAUGUAAUGUUGCUACUUGUUAAUUACGGGGCA